CCGCUCGCAUUCCAUCCACUUUCACCAACACACCCAACAUGGCCUCGACAGCUGAAGCACUACCGGAAGACCCGCUGAGUCUCUUGCGAAAGACGAUCGAGCAACAGCGUCAACCGAUUCCGACCACCGAUCCAGAUCAACCUCAAACCGAUGUCUCUUUGGCGCAAGCGACACAUUUGCUGUUCAACUUCGACUCGCCGCAGACCGGACCGCAACACAUCUCAGUAGCGCUCAAUGCCCCUACUCGCUUCAUCUCGCCUGCGGCCGGCGAUAAACCUCUGGAUCUGCGAUCAAUCUUCUUCUGCUGGCAAUGCAAAGACAAGAACACUGCAGACUACCUCACGGCCGUUGGCGAAUUGAACAAUGAACUCAAAGAAGCUGGCAAAGAUGAGACGGCAUCAAACGUGGUGUUCGCGGAGAAGCUGGAUCUCAACAUGUGGCUCGCAGGCGAAAUGGGCGAGAACGACAGCGAAUACGUCAAGAGCCUUGGAGACAACAAAGCCGACAAAGCAGAAUUGGCAGAUACCCUGAAACAGGCGCAAGGCGAUGCAGAUGUGGACAUGGUGGAUGCUGGAAGCGACGAAGCAAAGCGAAGAGACGAAGAAGAGCGUCUAGCAGCAAUCUACGCCGCUGAGCGCAAAAUGGGCGACCACAACACCGUCCUCCGUGGCGUCAAAGUCCAGGAUUUCAGCAAUAUUCGAAAAUACACCGCCCUCUUCCUCACAAAGAGCAAACCUCAACCCGGAGCACAAAAUGCAGCAGCACCUUCUCUUACUGCAAACCCGGCUCUCCGACCUCCAGUCAAACCAACACAAUCCGGCCGUCGUCCAGAACCCAUCAUUCUCCUCUCCUCAUCCUUCUCCUCCCUCCUCAAAAUGCAAAACAUCAAAUCCUUCCUCUCGGACGGAACCUUCACCCCUCUCUCAUCGUCCACCUCCGAAGCUCCGAACAUUCUACACAUCACGCGCCAACUCCGCACAAUUCACCCAGGGCACUCAACACGUUUCAUCCUCGUCGACGACCCAUCAAAUUUCCGUCCCGACUACUGGAAUCGCGUGGUCGCAGUUUUCACAACUGGUCAAACCUGGCAGUUCAAGUCCUACAAAUGGACGAAUCCAGCCGAGCUAUUCAGCCAUGCUUUGGGCGUGUACGUUGGUUGGAGUGGAGAAGUCAUUCCCGACACAGUCAAGGGUUGGGGAAGACAGGUCUUGUCUGUGCAAAUUGACAAGGGGACGAACAGAUGGAGAGAUCGAGAGGUUGUGGAGACGAUUUGGAGUCAAAUUGAGGGGAGGAUGAGGGCGCAGGGAUGGGGGAAGGACGGGAGGUAGAGUGUCUCGCCUUCAAUUCCGGAAAGGCUGAAGAAUUGAUGCUUGUGCUUGCGUUCGAGCGAGGGU